GUCCAGGUUCAUUUCCGUAUACAGUAUGCGUCAUGUACCUAAGUGACCAAUGAAAAGUUGUGAAAUCAUGUCAUCUGAUUUUCAAGUAUAUCCAUUUGGUGUCAAAGCUGUCAAUCACGCCGCGUAUCUCCCGCUCUGUGGAGCCAUCUCAGCUGUCUCGUGUCAUCUCAUUAGCGUCUCUGGAAGCGCAUCAUCGGGUAGCUGAAUAACACUUUGAAGGUAAGGUAUUUCGUUUUUUUGUCAACUGUACUCAAGUUUAAUCUAGUUGCAAUAUAUUCACAACUGUUAUUUACCGGUAGGCCUAAAUUAUCUAGAUUAAGUAAUUGUCAUCUAAUAUUUUUAUUGUGAACCUGGCUGACGACGAACGUAAAUGUAGUAGGCUAGGCUAAACUCUCCAGAGGCUAGCCUACUUCUCCACAGAUUAGCUUGCUUGCUGCUUGCUAGUUGGUAAAUAAACUCAGUGACAUUGAUACGAUUCAAACAAAUAUGUUUUUUUCCAGAGUUUAAGUGAUGAAAUUAUAGACUGUAAUGUUACUAUCGUGAUUGUCACUAGAACAUGCCUCACUCGUACCGCUUGGUAGAGGCUGAGCAUUUCCAACACUAUACCCAACUUGCUACGAUUUCAUUUGCGGAGAUGUUAACGCACGGAUUUCCGAAGUGAAGCUAUGUUGACAGGGCAUAGCGCUACAUUUUUUCUGAUAUGGUUUUCUCCCUUCCUUCAGGAUGUCUUUCUCUGUUAAGGAGCUGUGUGAAAUGGUCAAUGUCAGCUAUGAUAGGGAACUUGAGGCGAACGUGAGGGUCAGCAAUGAGGAGGAAGAUUCAGUUGAAAGUGACGGUGGAGAUACAGCUGCCAAUGAGGAUUCUCUGGAAAGUGAUAAUGACAAUCUCACUGAAAGUGACAGUGAGGACUCACUUGAACACGAUCCUGAAAAUGACCCGGAUUACACACCUGUCAAUGAAGAUGCUGUUGCUGUUGACCGGGGAAGGUCAAGGAAGAGGGCCAACCCAGACGCUUGGAAGGGUAACAUCCAGAAAAGGAGAAGAAUGAGGGGCCAAUCAUAUCUUGGACGGAAAAAAAAUGAAUUCAUCAACAAAGAAGAACGAAAAAUGGAGGGGCGGUGCCUGGCUGAGUCCUGCCAGAAAUCCAGCAAACUACACUGCACCGAAAUCGAUGAAGGGAAGAGGGAAGAAAUAUUCAAGUAUUUUUGGGGGAAAUUGGACUGGAAAGAAAGGAAAAUCUACGUGAAGUCACUGGCGGAGGUUAGUGAUGUCAAGCGGCGCCGGACAGAAGCGGUUCAGUCUCGGAGGUCAGCAUCUCUCUGUUGUUUUUUAUGUGUUGAUGGUAGAAGGCUCAGAGUUUGUCAGCGGAUGUUCCUGUCAACCCUUGGCAUCAAGCAGUGGAGUUUUCUAAAAUGGGUUGGAAGAAGAGAGGAAAGUCCUGAGAAGACGGCAAGAGUGAGGGUGAGGACAGAGGAGCGGGACUUCCUAAAGUCCUUUCUUCUUGAUCUGCCGAAAGUACCAUCGCACUACUGUAGGUCCUCCUCUUCCAAGAUGUACCUGGAGCCGUUAUUCAGAAAGAUCAAUGUGACACUUGCUGUGCCUUCAAAGCCGGUAACAUCGAGGCUGCUGUGUGGGAGGAACACUGCGUUAAGAAGGACGAGAACGCACCAGCUCAUAAUCUACGUCCCCCACUCGUCGUGUGACCACGAAGGGCCCUUGCCACUUGGCGAGUAA